AUUAAUAGAACUUUCCAAUCGGUCGAUUCUUUGUUCAUUUUGGUUGAAUUGUGCGAAAAUUGCCAUCCAUUGCAUCGUUUCAUAUUUGUUUAGUAUUGUAUCACUCAAGUUGAUAAUGUUUCAGAAGUUCGUAAUGUAAAACUAUAAAGUGGACUGUCUCUUAAAACUGUUGACACGACGUGAUCUGUAGUGAAAAAAGAAAUGAGUAAAAUGGUGCCAUAGAACGUGUAAUUUUUCUACACCUUAAGAAGAAAAUCAUUAUCCAGCCAAAAUGGCGACGAAACAUGAAAAUUUACCAGUGUCUGAAAAUAAUCCGGAGUCUCUCGUAGAAAUUUGUAUUGAGACCAUUGCGCGUAAUCUCGACGCAAUUUCGAUAAGAGAUCCUGUCACCCUCUUGCGCAGACUUAAACAUGAUAUAAUUCUACCUGUGGAACUCUGCGAGAAGUUUAUUGAUAUUUUUCAAAGAAAACACGUUAUUGAUGAUAAAAUCGCGAAUAUAUUUCGUGAUACCGAACGCACGAAAAUUAAUAAUUUGAAGCUGCGGAAUUCGGCGGUGACCGUCGAAGGUCUUCUCAGCUUUAUGGUUCAUAAACCAAAGACGGUGGAAUUAAUCCAUUGUGUCGAUUUGACGCAGGUGGCUAUCAAUGUUAUCAAUGAUCAUAGCGAGAACCUGGUGUCUCUGAAGUUUGGACCACUGUGUUAUACCAUUUCACAGAACAGACUUUAUCAGAAGGAAUACAUCCUAUCUAUACCACAGCUGAGGAAGUUGUCCAUUCAAUGCCGGAGGGCAACUGUCUUCCCAAUACUACUCACCCAGCCACUUUACUGCUUGAGGCACUUGGAACUAUCCGAAUUGACACAAUCUAAUUACUUGACCGCUUUGCAAGGCCUCGAGACUUUGGAAUCCCUGGUCCUUUACAAUGUACGAAUUGAGACAGGACUUGUAGAAUGGAUUUGUACGUUGCAUUCACUAAAACAUCUAGAUUUGUCUCAAUCAAAUGAACGGCUGGGGGUAUUUCCGAAUCCGAAUUUAAUGCUGUCAAGGAUGAUGCAUUGUUUGCCACAUCUUAUGUCUUUGGACAUUUCGGGUACCAAUUUAGCAGGUACUGGAGCGGCACCACCCCCUGUUGAGGAAGUUGGGGUAUCUGAAGUGCCUGCUGUCCCUGUGAGGUGUGAUAUCCCUGGACUUGUCAGCCGGGUGAACAAUCCUCUGCACUUCCUUGGACUUUAUGGAACACACAAUGGAGCCUGCAGGUGGCAUGAUAUUCCAGCUAAAGUGAUUACUGGUGAUACCAACGAAGAACAAAUUUUGACAUCUGCAAAGGUAUACAUGGGCAGACCUGCAAUGCUUGCUCAUGUGCUCAAUGACCUUUACUAUCUGUUCCGUUAUGAUCAAUGUGAAUCAGUACAACGUUCUCUUGCUGUUGUACUGGAGGCAAUGAGAAGACAUAUUCCUGAAAAACAUAUUCAAAUAUCCGGAAGUGCUACUCUAUUCUACAUUGUAAAAGGUAAAGAAAAAGACAAACUAGGAAUGAAAUUGAAACGGAAUAUACUAAAUGCUUUACUUGAUGCAAUGGAGGAACACAGGAAGGAUGAAACUGUAAUGAGAAAUGGAUGCAUUACCAUUUGCCAAUUCAAAAUUCCCGCUGAUGUGCUGUGUGAAUAUGAACGUCUAGUUCAAAUGCUGCUGAGUUGCGUGCCAUAUCUGAGCCAGGAGGGAUUCGUUCAGCGCGUCUCUAUCUAUCUGCUUAACUCUCUUGCGUGCCAGGUCGAUGGCAAUCGAAAGUUGUUCCUGGGAAAAAGUGGACUCAUUGAGAAAAUGGUUCAUCUAAUAUCGGCACGUCACGAAUGUUCAAUUUGCGAUGACGUGCUUGAAGUCGCUUGGUCCACAUUGUGGAAUGUAACUGACGAAACACCGGCCAACAGUAGCCGUUUCCUCGAAUGCCACGGAAUGGAGUUAUUCAUCGCUUGUCUUGAGACGUUCCCUCAGAAAGAGGAAUUACUCCGCAACAUGAUGGGUUUGCUGGGUAAUGUGGCAGAGGUGGCUGAACUAAGACCUCAGCUUAUGGACACCGAGUUUCUUGAUGUCUUCUAUGAUCUUCUAGAUUCGUCCAGCGAUGGAAUCGAGGUAAGCUACAAUGCUGCUGGUGUCCUGGCCCACAUAGCUUCUGAUGGGGAAGAAGCCUGGGUGGUGGCCAACCCGCCCAGAGCUGCUGUCCUCGCACGUCUAGCCAUGGCUGUACAGACCUGGAACCUUCGUGAUGAGAGGAAUAUCAAUUACAGAUCGUUCAAACCUAUCCUAGGUCUUCUCAGCGUUUAUCAUACACCGCAAUGCCAGCAUUGGGCAGUGUGGGCUCUUGCUAACUUGACCACUGUAUACCCACAAAAAUACUGCAGCUUAGUGAUUGCUGAAGAUGGUAUUUCACUUCUUAAAAAGAUAAUAAAAGACCCGAGGCCAUACACUGUGAUCAAGGACCUUGCAUGCAUGGUCAUCAACAACUGCUCACGUUACACCGCUCAGGACACCGACAACCCACCCCCGGAUCCUGUCUCUUAUGACAAUUAGCUAUUGGAGUUUUUUGGAGAGGUUGACCCAGAG